AUGGUUGCUGGGGAGAGGCACGUGAAGAGGAGGCGGCGUGAGGCGACCACGGCGGGAGGAAUGAAAGUGGCGGUCUUACCGGCAGUUGGUGUCGGGCCCUGGGGCUGCGGGGCUGGAGGCCGUGGGGGCGGCGGGGUAGUGCGGCUGCUCCUGAUCCUCUCCGGCUGCUUGGCCUGCGGCUCAGCUGGAGUUGCAGACGUGGUCAUGCUUCAGGAAUCCAAAGUUUAUAAGUUGGAUCACAGGCAACAGUUCUGUUAUAAAAAUGUGCUUAUCCCAAAGUGGUAUGAUGUGUGGACACGGAUACAGAUCCGAGUAAAUAGUUCCAAACUAGUACGAGUCACCCAGGUGGAGAAUGAAGAGAAACUGAAGGAGUUAGAGCAGUUUAGUAUCUGGAACUUUUUUUCCUCCUUUUUAAAAGAGAAAUUGAAUGACACCUAUGUUAACGUGGGCCUAUACAGCACAAAAACCUGCCUCAAAGUCGAGAUUAUAGAGGAAGACACCCAGUACAAUAUCAUCGUGACCCGGAGAUUUGACCCCAAACUCUUCUUCAUUUUCCUCCUUGGACUUAUGCUAUUUUUUUGUGGAGAUUUGUUGAGCAGAAGCCAAAUCUUCUACUAUUCCACUGGGAUGAGUGUGGGAAUUGCGGCCUCUCUACUAAUUGUCAUUUUCAUACUGUCCAAGUUUAUGCCCAAGAAAAGUCCCAUUUACGUCAUCCUGGUGGGAGGCUGGUCCUUUUCUCUGUACCUCAUUCAGCUAGUUUUAAAAAAUUUACAAGAGAUCUGGAGGUGUUACUGGCAGUAUCUUUUAAGCUAUGUCUUCACAGUUGGAUUCAUGAGUUUUGCAGUCUGUUACAAGUACGGGCCUUUGGAGAAUGAACGAAGUAUCAACCUGCUGACCUGGACCUUGCAGCUGAUGGGCCUAUUUUUCAUGUAUUCCGGUAUCCAGAUACCACACAUUGCCCUGGCCAUUAUCAUCAUUGCACUGUGUACUAAGAACCUGGAGUACCCUAUUCAUUGGCUGUACAUCACCUACAGAAAGAUGUGUAAGGCAACAGAAAAGACUGUCCCCCCUCGUCUCCUGACAGAAGAAGAAUAUCGGAUACAAGGAGAAGUGGAGACCCGAAAGGCUUUAGAGGAGCUUCGAGAAUAUUGUAACAGUCCAGACUGCUCUGCUUGGAAGACUGUUUCUCGAAUCCAGUCUCCAAAGAGAUUUGCUGACUUUGUGGAAGGUUCUUCUCACCUCACACCAAAUGAGGUUUCUGUCCAUGAGCAGGAAUAUGGAUUAGGGAGCAUCAUUACCGAGGAUGAAAUCUAUGAGGAAACAUCCACUGAAGAGGAGGACUCAGAUUCUCGGUAUCCCGCUAUCACACAACAAAUCACCUUCUGACUUAGGUGGUAGUCAGUCAUUUUUAUGUGGACUGGCUUGGUACCUCAAUGGUCCAUGUUGCAUGUGUGCACCAUUGCUUCUCAACUCCUUGAAACAGGGUGAGAUAGUGCAGAAAUUC